AUGUUCAAGAUCGCGGUAACGACGUUCAUCAUGACGCUGGCUGUGGCGCGUUCGGAGCCGCCGGUCAACUCUUACCUAUCUCCGAGGACAGGAACCUCCGGUGCUAACGGCGGUCAGGCCGACCUGUCGGCGCAAUACGGAGCGCCAGGUUUCGGUAACGGGGGUGGUAUUAAUAGAAACGCUGGCGCAACAAGUAUCAACGGACACGGUAGCGCAGGUAAUGGCCCGUCGAAGCUUUACGACUCGCCCGUCGGGGGAAACGCCGUUGGAAAUAGCCUAGGCGGGUCUCAAGGAAACGGAUUUGGGAUUGGUCCACCCUCCAGCUCGUACGGCGUCCCCAAUGGCGCUGGGAGACCACUGUCGAGCACCUACGGCGUUCCUGACGCGAACGGAAAUAACGGGGGUGAUUUUGGAAACGGCGGCAACGGAGGCGGACCGUCGACUAGUUACGGCGUUCCAGGCGCGAAUGGGAACAACGGGGGUGGUUUUGGAAACGGCGGCAACGGAGGCAGACCGUCGACUAGUUACGGCGUUCCAGGCGCGAAUGGGAACAACGGGGGUGGUUUUGGAAACGGAGGCAACGGAGGAAGGCCAUCAACCAGUUACGGCGUUCCAGGCGCAAACAGGAAUAAUGGGGGUGGUUUUGGAAAUGGUGGCAACGGGAGGAGACCAUCGACUAGUUACGGAGUUCCCGGUGCGAAUGGGAACAACGGGGGUGGUUUUGGAAACGGUGGCAACGGAGGCGGACCGUCGACUAGUUACGGCGUUCCAGGCGCGAAUGGGAACAACGGGGGUGGUUUUGGGAACGGAGGUAACGGAGGAAGACCGUCGACUAGUUACGGUGUUCCUGGCGCGAACAAAGAUAACGGAGGUGGUUUCGGAAACGGAGGUAACGGAGGAAGACCGUCGGCCAGCUAUGGCGAACCCGGUGCGAGCGGGAAUAAUGUCGUCAAUGGAAACGGGAACGGCAAACAUCACUUCGGCGGCGGCGGUAAUAACGGCGGAGGACCGUCGAACGGCUACGGACCACCGGGGGGUGGGAACGGGCACAGGACGAACGGAGUAAAUGGAUUCGGCGGAGGAGGAUUGUCCGGUGGUUACGGUGCACCGAACCGAGGUGGAAACGGUAACAAUAACGGCUAUCCAUCUGGAAGUGCAAACGGUAACGGCGGGGCUAACGGUUAUCCAUCCGGAGGACCGAAUGGUGGUACCAACGGUUAUUCGUCCGGAGGUCCGAGUGGAAACACAGGCAGUUUCGGAAACGGCGGUGGUGGUGGUGGUGGAAACGGCGCAGGCGGUGGUUACAACGGUAACGCGCAGGAAGGGAGUACCGAGCCAGCGAAGUACGAAUUUUCGUACGAGGUGAAGGACGAGCAAUCCGGCAGUGAUUACGGCCACACGGAAACUAGAGACGGCGACCGUGCCCAGGGCGAGUUCAACGUUUUGCUUCCCGACGGUAGGAAGCAGAUCGUCGAGUACGAAGCUGAUCAGGAUGGAUUUAAACCGCAAAUUAGAUACGAGGGCGAAGCGAAUACCGGCGGAUACGGCGGCGGGUCGAAUGGUAACGACGGUUAUUCUUCUGGUAGACCGGAUAACGAAGGCGGCGGCUUUGCGGAUAAUUCUGGAUUUAACGGAGGUAAUAGAAGCGGUAAUGGUGGUUAUCCAAACGGUGGUCCAGCCGAGGGAAAGCCCGGCGGAUUUAACGGCGGAGGCGGCAACGGUUAUCAAUCGGGAAGAUCAGGAGGGCAGUCCUUUGGUCGAGAUAAUAAUGGUGGUUUGAGCGGCGAUAACGGUGGAUACUUCUCUAAUGCUCUUAGCAAUAAUAUCGGUGAUACAUUUAAAGGAGGCAACGAUAACGUCGGGAAUAAUAGACAAAACGGUGGUAAUGGUGGAUAUCAAUAUUAAGUAACACAUAGUUCGUUAGAAAUAAGUAUUCCCACUUAGGGCAAUUUUGCAACAGAAAUCGAAAAAGCGCGACCGAAGGAAUCUGCUCGUUGUAAAUUUAUUUGUAUAUUUAGUUGAAUACUAUUGAGAGGUCAGAUGGAAAUAUCUUUCAUGCCCAGGUAGAACAUAACGAUGAUGACGAUGACGUCAAAUUGGCGAGAAAAUGACUAUAAGAACUUUCACUUUUCGAACAUUUUGUCAUCAUUCGGACGUCAUUUUGACGUCAUUGUAUGUUUCAUCUGGAUAACUCGCAAAG